AUGUUGCCUCACCCCACAUCUCCAGCUGCCCACACCAAGACUCUCCACGGACUCCGGCCCCCGAUCGAGGGCCCCCUCAAAGGAGUAGUCUUGAUGGAGGUCCACGAGCACGAUCACUGUACCCGAAGUUUGCAGGCGCGGAACUUAUGUGAAGCCGAGCAACCACCUCAGACAACUCUGCAGAGAGCAUCAUCCCGAUCGGCUGGCGGCUGCCUCUUGACUGCCUCUCCAGGCCCUUCUCUCAACCACUCGCCCACCCUCCCCCGACUCAACCUGGCUGCCGUCUCCCUGCGACCCACCAUCCCGACGGUCUGCAAGUUCUGCCGCUGGCCCCCUUGGAGGAUGAGCGAUGUUCCCACGCUGGAUUUUGAGCUCUUCUCCCCGGAGCCGCUGCUGCACGCGGCCCCCAGCAGCGCGCCCGCCGCGGUGGGCGGCGACGCCGAGCAGCGGACGGCCUUCGCCUUCGUGGGCCUCCUGAUGCUCUUCCUGGUCUUCCUGCUGGUGCGCUGCUUCCGCAUCCUGCUCGACCCCUACAGCCGCAUGCCCUCCUCCUCCUGGACCGACCACAAGGAGGGGCUAGAGAGGGGCCAGUUCGACUAUGCGCUGGUGUAGGGCAUCCGAAGCGGGUGGGAGCGGCGGCCGAUGCUGAAACCCGGAUCGGUGUUACAGUGAGAUGUGUGGUGGGUGUGAAGGGUAGGGAGUGGGGCUACUCUCUGCUGCCAACCUCUUAAGCCCCAUCUCUCUGGGUAAGGUGUGGUGACGUGUGAACGAUCAGGGUAAGGGGUGUCAGAUAGAACACAGUGCAGUUCCUCUGGUCUUUUUGCUCCCUCUUAAAUGGCGAUCUCAUCGAUCGCCGAAUGGCUCUAACGCCUCACUAUGUCAAACACGUGAUAAUAGACAGAGGCUGGGAGAGGGACGCGUCCCCUCUUCAGCUGAACUCACUCAAACACAACAAACAUGAAUCCUUUUCAACUGCUAUGGCAUCGCUGAAUUACUUCCUGAUGUCUGACAUAUUCCAUUUUGCUAAAAGUUUCAUCAUAUUAUUGUAGUUAUUCUUGAUGGUUUCUGACAGCAAGGGGUAAUGUUAUAACAGAGGAUGUUUAGCACUCUGUUGAAAGACCUUUGUAGAUUGUGGUAUAACCUUUGUGUUUACAUGGGCAGUUUUCCCUUUAACAGACAUCAGAAAUGUGUUCCUGUCUGUUUAAAUGAUCUUUCAGGCUUUUGCCUUUCCAUGUGUCUAUUUAACUGAGAAGCCAUAUACAGUAUACUUUGUGGGGUCCUUCAUGUCGUUUGGUUGCUUUUGUUAGCACUAGUCAAUCUGUUAAUCUUGGUGUGAACCUGCAACUUUUAGAAACUUCAGAAGUGCUUUAUUUUUCUAACCUUGACUUGAGAAUCAUUCUUUUUGCUAAUGUGUUCUCUCAUUCUCUCUCUCUCUAUCUGAUUUGUACAGUAGCUCUUUAAUCUUGAUUAUCGACUUUAAACUGACUGUAAAUGGAGGCAGAGCAGAUUGUGUCGCAUACUGUUGGUGUUUUAAAGAUUUGUAAGUAGAUUGGAUAUUUUCCUAAUGAUUUGUUUUUGUUUUUGCUAAGCCGGGUGAAUUCUGGUAAAUAAAAUGGGGGUUUCUUCA